ACCCCCGCAGUCUCUGUGCGUUGAAGCCGGAGACCGCGGCGGCCUCUGCUAGGACCCUCCGCCCCGGAGCCUCCGGCCGGAGCCGCAGCCUCUGUCGCAGCGUCCCCGCCGCCCGUCCCCUCCCCUGCCGCCUCCACCGGAGCCGCCUCGCGCACUCUGGGGUAUGGCCGUCAAUGUGUACUCCACAUCUGUGACCAGCGAGAAUCUGAGUCGCCAUGAUAUGCUCGCGUGGGUCAAUGACUCCCUGCACCUCAACUAUACCAAGAUCGAACAGCUUUGUUCGGGGGCAGCCUACUGCCAGUUCAUGGACAUGCUCUUCCCUGGCUGUGUACACUUGAGGAAGGUCAAGUUUCAGGCCAAACUAGAACACGAAUACAUCCACAACUUCAAGGUGCUGCAAGCAGCCUUCAAGAAGAUGGGUGUCGAUAAAAUCAUUCCUGUAGAGAAACUAGUGAAAGGAAAGUUCCAAGAUAAUUUUGAGUUUAUUCAAUGGUUUAAGAAAUUCUUUGACGCAAACUAUGACGGGAAGGACUAUAACCCUCUGCUGGCGCGGCAGGGCCAGGACGUAGCGCCUCCUCCUAACCCAGGUGAUCAGAUCUUCAACAAAUCCAAGAAACUCAUUGGCACAGCAGUUCCGCAGAGGACGUCCCCCACAGGCCCCAAGAACAUGCAGACCUCUGGCCGACUCAGCAAUGUGGCCCCACCCUGCAUCCUUCGGAAGAAUCCCCCAUCAGCCCGAAAUGGUGGUCAUGAGGCUGAUGCCCAGAUUCUUGAGCUCAACCAACAGCUGCUGGACUUGAAGCUGACGGUGGAUGGGCUGGAGAAAGAACGAGACUUCUAUUUCAGCAAACUGCGUGACAUCGAGCUGAUCUGCCAGGAACACGAAAGCGAAAACAGCCCUGUCAUCGCGGGCAUCAUCGGCAUCCUCUACGCCACUGAGGAGGGAUUUGCACCCCCUGAGGAUGAUGAAAUUGAAGAACACCAACAGGAAGACCAGGACGAGUACUGAGGGCGGCACCAGCCCUGACUGACUGUGGCUUCCCUGCCCCCCCAUGCCCACCCCACAUUAUAAGUCCUUUCCUACAGCCA